AUGCUCGAGGAGAUCCCCGCUCUUCAAAUAAUGGUGACUGGAAUGUUUUUCAAGCGACCGACUGGGGCGAACAUGCUGCACAGUAAGCGGGUAUUCAAGACCAAAACUAAUGCAAAUGGCGCGAAGGAGCGCCUCAAGGCGUGGCUAGUUGCGUGCGGGAACAAGCAAGGUUUCGGCAACGAUUAUGCGCUCACCUUCGCUGCGGUCAUGGUUAUGUCGAUAGUACAGGUGAUCCUAGGCCUUGCAGCGAGGAGGGGGGUGCCGGCAAAGCUUGGUGACAUUCCGAGCGCCUACGUCAAUGCCGACAAGGAGAAGGACCUUGAGAUUCUGCUCCAUGUGCCUAGCGGUAUGGACAUCAAGGAUAAACAACUAAAGAAGCUUGGUGCAACCAACGCAAGCGAAGUCGCGCUUGAGCUAAAGAAGAGCCUAUAUGGACUAAAGCAGGCAGGACAAUUAUGGAGUCAAUUGCUACACGCAAGAUUUACUGACGCAGGAUUCAAGCAGUGUAUCAGCGACAUGUGCCUGAACUUCAAGCGCGAGGAAGAAGUCUUGACAGUUGUCGGCGUCUACGUCGACGAUCUCCUUGUCACAACAACAAGAGCUGCAGCGGUUGAGCACUUUUUCUGUCGAUGA